GUCAAGUAUAGGAUGAGGUUUAGAUGCAUGCUGACGAGAACAGACCAGCAGUACGCUGACAACACGAGAUAUUAUGCCCUGAGCAGGUGGGCCGAGUGUUCCUCUCUAAGGAGUCCCUACGAUGGUCCCAUCAGGCUUAAAAUGUGGCCAGCUUAUAUCGGCAGUUUAGGCAUGGAUGUAUACGGUGUUGACAUGGUGACGCCCAGUUGCAACUUUCCGCGCAACUUCACCGGCACCUGGUUCACCACUGCCGAGUUCGACUCUGACGUCAAAAUCAACGUCACUCACAUUUAUUUCAAGACGAAACUCGAUCAGUAUACUUACCGAGAGUCGGUAUUCGCCUGCCAGCAGAACCGAGACAAUCGGUACCUCGUGACAGCAGUUACAAUCGGAAGAUGCGAAGUUGAUUACGUUUGUUUUGCUUUCAUGCCACGUCAUCACAACAUCAUCAGAUGGAGGAUGAGCAAACCCUACAGAUUGACCUUGGCUCAGUCUAAGGCCCCGGACUCAAAGGAGAGGAUCUUCAGGCAGACGUGUACCUGGAGUGCCUUCACGCUGAAUAGAGAUGACACGGCAUGGAGGUACUACACCUUCAUACUGAACCCUCCUUCCCCAGUUCCGUGCCCCAUCGGGGGUCGUUACAAUUUCACUCAAGUUGGAGAUAGAAAUGAGUUCUACCAAACACGCAUCAGAGGUAUAACCGAAAGACCUCGCCACAUGAUUGAUUGCCACGAAUACGUCUCCGAGUUGAAAUCGUGCGACAGCUUCCCGAAGUGGAUUUAUGUGGACGCCGAGUACUGCGCCACCCUCGACCACACCGGAAAACCCAUUUCCGAAUACGACAUUCCAGACAGGCAGUUGUUCUGCGUCGGGUACUGGUUGGAGGACAUGAAGUCUUACAUGGUCACCUAUGACAUGGAAGACGCCGUGUCGAACUUCAGAUGCUGGGUGUACGAACGCAAAGACUGGCGCGACCUUUACGCUUCGAGGGCCAUCAAGGCGGCCUGCGCCCCACAGCAGACGGCCUACAGCUACAACUCGCAGACCGGGGCCAGUCUGGGGCUUGUCCUUAAGGAGAGCGAGAGAUUAUGGGAUUCCUGUCCUCAGCGCUAUUCGACCGGCGCCGAUCCCUACACCAACGACCUUCAGAUUUUCAUUGUUGCCGGCGCUACAAAAAUGACAUCCGCCCAUUCCUUCUUGUAUUUCGUUUCACUUCUAGCUACUGUAAUUAUUAUGCGCUUAAUUAAUGUUACCCUUUAAAUCCGUUAUUAUUAUAAUAAUAAACCUUUAUGCAUUGUUAUGAGUAAGCUGUACUAAUUAUUUGAAAUUAACAGUGUUUGUGUGUGUGUGUUUGUGUGUUUUUGUGUAUCUAUGAAUGUACGUGUAUGUAGUUUUUAAUAUACUGAAGAGUAAAUAAAACCAUAAUUAAUAAUAAUAAUAAUUAUUAUUAUUAUUAUUAUUAUUGCGUUUUCAUAUUCGUUUUUAUUAUCACAAAUGACAUUUUAUAUUUAGACAUAUAUUUACAUAUUGUAUUUACAUAUUGUAUAUAUAUAUAUAUAUAUAUAUAUAUAUAUAUUGAUGAUAGUAAAUAUACAGUGUAUAUUUAUAUCUAUAUAUAAUGGCUAUAUAAAUUGAUAAAUUUUUAUAACGCUUCAUUUAAAAAUAAAUUUUCGCAUGGAUUUUUCCAAACUCUUUCCACAACCCAUCACUCUUUUUUUGUUUCUUUUUUAUUUGUUUUAAUAAAAAAAAAAUUAUU